AUGGGUUGCAUUUGUCUAAACCACGUGUUUGGGCGUCGGGUGUUUCAGGUGGACUUAGAGCCGGGCGGACGCAUACACGUGAAUGUGGAGCUCCGGGCGAAACGGGAGCCCAAGUCGAUGGUGGACUUAGAGCCGGGCGGACGCAUACACGUGAAUGUGGAGCUCCGGGCGAAACGGGAGCCCAAGUCGAUGGUGACCCACGAACGGGAGCCCAUGAAGGAGUUCAAAGAGCGCCAGGGCUUCAACCGGCGGAGGGGCGCCCUCAGGAGGCGCGUGCAUCAGGUGAAUGGCCACAAAUUCAUGGCCACAAUCCUCCGUCAGCCCACCUUCUGCUCGCAUUGCCGUGAAUUCAUAUGGGGUUUAGGCAAACAGGGCUACCAGUGCCAGGUGUGCACGUGUGUGGUGCACAAGCGGUGCCACGAGUCAGUGGUGACCAAAUGUCCCGGUUGUAAGGAGCAGAGCGACGACUCGCUAAUGGCCGGCCGUUUCAACAUAAACGUGCCGCACAGGUUCGUGGUGCACAGCUUCCGCACUCCCACCUACUGCAACCACUGUGGCUCCAUGUUGUACGGCAUCUUCCGACAGGGCCUCAAGUGCGCCGAAUGCGAUCUAAAUGUCCACAAGAGAUGUCAGGCGAACGUCGCGAACAAUUGCGGCAUAAAUGCGAAAGUGUUGGCCGACGCCCUCCAAGGGUUAGGCAUUUCGGGCGAAAAGCUGAACAAAUCGGGCAAAAAGAAGAAGACGUCGAUCAGUGAGUCG